CCAGGUAAUCUUCAAGCCAGGGACAUUCGAUUGCUCGAAAACAUGUCAUCGUCUCAUCGUUCCAUCCCUCAGUGGUUGAAAGACCGAUUUGAACAUCGUAAACACAAGCGAUCGUCCAAGCAAGGCACACGAGUAUCCGACCAUAAUGCCUCCAUAGCCUCUGAAUACGGUCCUCAUCAAAUCAUUGCGCAAUCUAUUGAGCUUAGGACCCCCCAAGGAUCUUCAGGGUGCCAAAAUAGACCGACGGAACAAGAGGCAAUCCCAGCAGAAGAGGACGCCGCGGUAGCUGCCCAGCCACCUGACCCAGGGCCUAAAUUGUUAAACACCCAGACUCCGAUAUGGGCUAAGUAGGAAGAACGCUUUAGAAAGGAGAAUCCAGAGUUAUACGAAAUGUUCCAACCCUUAUGCGAAGAUGUCCGGAAUCUAGACGCCGAUCACUUCGAUACGUGGUUGAAUAAGCCACAUAAGGGAUGGAACUCUACAUGGCUCAGCCGAUAUACUCCUCCAUAGG